AUGUCUGCGUCAAUUAAUGCAGAGAAUGAAGCCGCUGAUCAGGAGAAUGUUGUGGCUAGUGAACGUGACACUUCUCCUCCACCAGCAAAAGUAACAAGAACUGAUCGGAAAGAGUCGAUAUCUCAUCCACGAAAACAUUUGGAAACGGUACUUUCGCAGAGGUCUGAAGGAUCGGAUGAAGAUUUAUGUGCUGGUGAUGCCGUUAAACCUUCACAGAUCGAUAGUGAUCAAAGCGAUUCACCUGCGGCAGAAUCUGAUCGUAUCACUCCUCUCCCGAAGUUCGAAUGCAAUGAUUCUGAUUCCAGCGAAGAAGUGACACAACUUGCUUCAGAUUGUGGAGAUCUGCUCAAGGAUGUGGAAAAUAUUACCGAAUCAUCAGACUCGUCGCAUUGUUCGCCUGAACGUACCAAAAAUGAUGAGCAUUCUUCUGGUUAUCCGGCAACUCCACCGGCUAGUGGCGAGCUACCUGGAUCCAGCAAAGCACCUACGACCCCGUGUUCUACACAGACAGAUCGCAUCACCAGCUUGCGCAAACGAAUGGCGAUUUAUUCACCCAGCGAUAGCAUGUUGUCACCUUGCACGAUGAAACUGAACCGACCGAAGAAUUUCUUCCUCAUGAGACAGAAGGCUAAAACUUCAUCGUUUUUGUGUGCUGAAGAGCUAAGUGAAGAAAAUAAUGAUGCAGAUGAUGAUGAAAUGGGAGAUGAAAUGAGAGGUACUGCCACUGGUGAAGCGGAUGCACCUGCAGAUGAUGAAAUAGAUAAAGCCAGUGGUGAUGAUACUGUUCUCACAAAAAACCAGAAAGGCUUUGAUAAUAAUGAUAUUAUCUAA